UUUGUUUAUUUUCAUUUUUUCCGCUCUUUUCCGUUUCGUAACAUAGUUCGCAAUUAUUCACUCUUCACUGUGAACAUCUGGUUUGUCAAGUUAUAAAUUUCGCAAUUAAUUUAUAAUUAAGAAAAUAAUACGGAGGUUAAAAAUAAAUGAGGUUGCUUGUCAUUUAUAAUACAAGCGUAUUUUUUUUCGUCUUACAUUUCCAGCUGACAUUAAAUCGGUAAUAUGAAACGGAUGGGCGUGGAAAUUAUUGGCAUGUUUAAUCGUUUGCAGUAAUAAACUCUUUUGAUCGACCUUUUUCAGUUUCAAUCGUUAAUUUAAUAAGCAAGAUGUGUUCGGUACCAUGUGGCCGUGUUGGUUAUUGGCUUAGUGAAAAGAAGGGAAAGAAAUUUAAUUUGGUAGAAAUGGCAGAUGUAUUUAGGGCAGCUGGUUUUGAAUUAAUCAAGAUUGAUUUAAGGAAACCUUUGGAAGAGCAAGGACCUUUUGAUGCAAUUGUACACAAAAUAUCUGACAUAGUUGUGAAGGCUGAUGCUGGAGAUGAGGAAUCAAAACAGAUUUGCAAAGCAUUUCAGGACUAUGUUGAUAAUCAUCCAAAUCUAAUAGUGAUUGAUAUUUUGGCCAAUGUCAGAAAGCUGCUUGAUCGUUACAAACAAUAUAAAUUGGUUGCAGAAAGUGAACUUUGCCAGAAAGAAUUUGUUUUUAUUCCACCAUUUGUUGAGUUGACUACCAAAAAUGUUUCUGUAAAUUUGGAGAAAAUGAAGGCAGCUGGUGUUGAUUUUCCUAUAGUAUGUAAACCUACAUUAGCUCAUGGUGCACCUAUUUCCCAUCAGAUGAGUCUUAUCUUUAACAAAGAAGGUUUGAAGGAUAUCUCCCCUCCUUGUGUUGUGCAAAAGAUAAUCAAUCAUAAUGCUGUCCUUUAUAAACUGCUAAUUAUUGGUGAUAAAUAUUUCAUAAUUGAAAGACCUUCACUGAAAAAUUUGUAUGCUAGUGAUCAGAAGACAAUAUUUUUUGAUAGUAAUGAUAUAUCUAAACCGCACUCAGCAUGUGAAUUGACAGAGUUGGAUGCUAAUGAACCAUAUUCACCAGCUGUAUUUCCUGAAAAAGAAGCUAUGGAUAAAAUUGUUGAAAUCCUUCAUGACAUUAUUGGCUUAAAUCUUCUGAAUAUAGAUGUCAUUGUUGAUAACAAAGGUGGUCGAUAUGCUAUUGUAGACAUUAAUGUAUUUCCAGGCUAUCCAGAGGUUCAGAAUUUCUACGACCUGUUGUGUGAGUUGGUUGUUAGAAAGAUUCAAUUCAGAUUAACUGGGGAUCCUGAGCCGCCUUUUAAACCAGUCCUACUCAAUUGCCUUUCCUCACCAGUGAUUGCUAUGAAGCGAGAUCAAAAAUUCAGCUUUGACUUGCAAGAUAAUCAUGCCCAGAACUCUUUUAAUAACAUCCAUAUGCCAAAAUGCUUCUGCUGUCCAAUUUCCGGCAGUAGUUGCAAUUCUGUUAAUCAUAUGCCUAAGUCUACAACGAAUAAAUUCGCAGGUGAUCAAACUGUUUUGUUUAGCAAACCUAACAAUGAAUUCACAAUGAUUCAGAAACACAACGGGGCCCAAGAUGAUUCUGGAAUAGAAACGUCAGAUUCAUGUGACGAAAAGAAAUCGGAGGCUCGUUGUAGAGCAAUAAAACACCAACAUUCCAAAAAUACCAUUCAUAAUUGUGCUAUUGUUAGUGAGUCUGAUCAAUUGAUCGAUAGUAUCUAUUAUGGUAAAUAAGUGCAAUUGUGUGCACUUCUGUUUAAAUAUUUCAUCUUUGAAUUGUAUUUGCUAGUUUGAUUAAACGAGCUUUAACAUGUUGUAUUGUAUACAUGUUUCUGAAAUAUCUGUUAUAUUUAUCGUGAGAGAUGUACUAUUUUCUAAAUACAGUAGACUCUCGACUAUCUGUUCUUAUGUGACAAAAGGGUAGAAUGGACAACAAAUUAGCCAGAUAACACAAAGUUUCACUUUCUAUCCCCUCUCUCACAUAAUAAAAACUAAAACACUUAUUACACAUUUUAAAGUAAAUGAUUGAUAUAAAAAUAGUCAAUGUUUAUUUCGUGUAAAAAGUUGUUAUAAAUUUGAAAAGUAAUGAAUGGGAAGAGUUAAAAUGUACACUGCUUUUGUGUUCCUCAUUUUUUCCUCCUCUAUGAGUUUUGCAAACAACCAAUUCCAUCAUUUCUCAAUUUUUACAAGACCGAAUAGUCGGGAGCCUAAUGUAUUCUUCAGAUUCAGAUACCUAGCAUUAGUUUUAUUUAUAAGCUGGUAUAAUAUUUAGUUUUAAUUUAAAACAUCUUUGUGUGGGAAAUAUAACCUGCAGUUGAUUUUCUGUUUAACUUUUAGAUGCAGAAGAAUAAGAUAUAGGUUUUAUCUUUCCUAUAUAUGUAUAACAUAUAAUUUUAAGCAGAAAUAAAAGUUAAUUCUUGAGAAUUUUGUUUAGAUCUGUGGAACAUACAGUGUGCAAAGUUAUUUUUAAAGGCUAAAACAUUUUUAUCUCAAAAGUUUUGUUAAACAAAAAAAAGACAUUUAAGGUAUUUUAUCCUUUUUUUUUUUUUUUAAUAUUGAUCUUAAAUUGACAGCUGAGCGCUAAGUUUUUUCUCCUCGUUGUAUGUCUCUUUUUAAAAAAAUUAAAACUGAAAAAAAAUCUAAAAAUUAAUUUGUUUGAAGAAAAAAUGUAAGUAAUAUUAACUUGUUUAACAUAUUUGCAUAUUGUUGUUUACUUAUUUUUAUUUGUGAUGAGAUGAAUUCUUGUUGCAUUUGUUUGUUGUGUUUAUAUAAAGUUUAAGCUAUGCGUUUCCAUGUAGUGUAGAUGUGUGUGUUGUAAUAUACUUAAUAGAUACUGAUUAUUAAUAUGUAAUUUUAUUUAAUAUAUUUAAUUACUGGUAAGUAAUUUUUUUAAAUCUUUAUAAAAUGAAAAUUUUUCUAUGACUGUCAUUGUCAUAUGUUUUUAAUGCCUUAAAUUUCAAUUUUUAUAAAGAAACUUUUUCUUUAAAAUAUUACUAAUUUUUAAUUUUUGUGCCUGUUUUCUUCCAGCUCUGAACUUUCAUUUUUUUAAGACUUAUUGUUUUUUAUUAUAGUUAUUUUUAAUUAGAAUGCAUUUCAAGAUUAUUUGAUAAUAUACAUAUUAUCUGUAAAUAUUUGGGUUUCAUGCUAUUACUUACAUUUUAUUUUUAAAGUUGUAACAUUUUGACUACUUGUUGAGUUUUACAAUUGCUUUUUUAAUCUUUUACAUGUGUGUUGAAAUUAUUUUCCACUUAAAUUUUGUGAUAUAUUUCAAUAUUUUUGUGUGAUAUUCUUGUUUAAAUUAUAAUCCUGCAGCAUGUUCAUGAUUUUGCAUUAAAUGCAAAAUUAUUUGUCAUAAUUUUUUUAUUAUUAUUCAGCUUAAAUUAGGUAGUGCAGGACAUCACUACUUAUAGAAUUAACAAUAAAUAGCAUUCCUUUUUAUUUUUAAGCAACUUUUAAAUUAUUUUUCUAAAAAAUUUUAUGAUUAUUCACCUAAAAUUAGAUAAUACAGUGCAUUCUUGCUAACAAAACUGUAAUUAUUUUGAAUAUUCCUUUAAAAAAAUUUCUAAUUUAGUAAAACAGCAUAAAAAAAAUUUUGUUUAAAAUUUUUUUUUUAUCAUAAAUAAAACCACGCUCAUAGCGUUGAUCUUAUUUUAUUGGAACCUUUAAGUAACUUUUGCUUUAAUUAUGUUUCAUAAUUUUUUGAGCUAAAAAUAAUUUUAAGCACGUGAUUCCUGAUUUAAAAAACAUUAUUAUUAUAUUCUUUGAUCCUUAGAUUAAUGAUUAAAUUUUUUUAAUAAUAUUUUAGCUCGUUGUAUUAAAGGUCAAUAUUUUGAGAGUUAAGCAUUAUUUCAUUAACAGGUUUUUAAUAUCAUACUCCUGCUUUUUUACAACUCUUUACAAAUAAAAAUGAUAUGUUUUUAAAGAAACAAACACAAAAAGUAAAAGAUAUCAUCAUUAUUAAAAUUAUCUGAUUAUGAGGGACUUAGUUUAGUCUAGGAAUAAUUGAUUCCUUGCCACCCAUGUUCCUAUUAUUCUGGUAUUAAUUAGAAGUUAUUCAGAAUUUCUAUUUGUAUUAAUUUACAAACAAGGAAUAAAAAUAAAUUUUAUAGCAUAUUAACAGCUUAGAAUUUUAUAGUUAAAAAUGUUUUACAAAUAAGAUAUUCAAAAUAUUACUUGACAUUUUUAAUUGUUAUAAAAUACAUUGACUUUGAUAAUGUAAAAAGCAAGAUGCAUUAUUUAUUAUAAUUUAUAAAAUCAUAGUUGCAAUGUGGCUAAAAUUUAAUUGUCCCAGAGACAACUUCACAAAAUCUUGUCUUUUUUUUAUUUUUUUUAUUUUUAAAGACUUAAAACAAAACUAAAAAAUUGCUGUUGGUUCUGUUAGACUACUGUGAGUAUUUAUAAGUUUUAAAAUCAUUUUUAAUGGAUAGCCAUCUGAAAAGAAAAUGGAAAAUAGCUCCCUGUGGUGCAUUCUAUCCAGUCAGCAAAAUCCACUAGUUUUUCCAUAAAUAAAAUAUUAAAACAUAUUAAUUGGUUGCUUUAAUAAUUUAAAUAAUUCUCUAAUUGCAGAAUAAGUGAUAGAAGCACACAUUUACUUACAAAAUUUAAAACCUAAGUUGCUGUUGUAAUAUGGAGCUCAAAUUUUUUUUAAACAUUUUAAUGCAUCUGAGCAAACACCAAAAAACCUUAAUGUUAAGGUUUUUUGUUACUGAUUAAUUUUCAUUAAUCAGUAACAAAUACUAACUAAAAUUUCCACUUUUAUUUUGUGUUUAAUUUAAAAAUUUAAUUUUAGAUAGCAGAUUUAAUUUAAAUUUAGAUUUUGCUUCAGUUUUCCUCUUCAAACUUUGAUUUUACAUAAUUAGCUAAUUGUUUAGUUCAGAUUUUCUUCUCUAAAUGUUGUCAUCCAUAAAUAAUUAGUUUUUAUAUAACUUAUCCUAAAAUUUUUAGGUAGUUAUGAAAUUGUUCUUCAGCUUUUUACUCGAAUUUUUAUCAUACAAAAAUAAUUCAUUUUAAUCUCACUUAAUUUUAGUGUCUUGCUUUUAUUACUAUUUAGAACUUACACAAUUUUUCAAUAUCAUAGAACAUUUAAAAUUAAGGUUACAUUCUUUCCGAUUAUAAACCGAGUUUAAAUAGUUGAAGUAUAUAAAAUACUAUUUUAAUUCUAUCUUUAUUUCUGAUAAAAAUUAACAUUAUUUAAUACAACACUGUGAAAAAUAGAUGUUUCAAUACAGUGAAUUAAAAUUUUAGUCUGUGUUGCAAAACUUAUUUGAUGAUAUAUCUGAAAUAUUCGAUAUAUAAACAUAAAUUAUAUUGUAUGUAUUAUCUGAACAUAAAAGAUUACUUGUUUAAUUUUUGUAUCUUAAUUGACAUUUCUUUACUGCGAUAUGUGUACUAACUCAGCCUUGAAAAUAUGUCAUUUAAGUUGCAUAAUUUUCAAGUAUGUAAAAUUGAUUUAAAAAAAACUUGUACAAUUUACAUUUGUUACCUAAACACAUUUAUGGUAUAUAGGUAGUUGUAACUUUUAUUGGCAGCUAAGUGUUAAUUCUAUAAAAUUGUGUACAAAAAAAUUCAAAGGAAAGUCUAGAAGUGUUACUUCCAAAAUGAAUUUAAAUUUUAUGUAUGACUGCAUCUGAAAUACAAAUACGAAUUAUAGGCUAAAUUAAUUUUAGUUUAUUUUUAGGUGAAAAUUAUGUUUUAAGCUUUUAAAUUGAUGUUAUUCUGAUAAAAUAUUACCAAUUAGAUGCAAUUCAUCACUGAAUUUUUUUAUCUCCUAGCUAAAAAGUCUGCUUUCAUGUUAUUAAGAGGAAAUGAAAUCUGAUGUGUGAGAUAAAUAGUUUCUUAUCAAUUUGAAACUGAAUUGCAAUCUAUAUAGCAAGUUAAAAUUUAGCUCAAUAGCUAAACUAAGCUCAUCAUAGCAUUUUAUUUAUUUCCUUAAAUUUAAAAUUUUAUUGUGUUACCACUUAUUUAUACAGUUCAUUCCAAUAAUACUUCUGUUUUAACCUUAGGGUGAUUUUUAACCAAUACCAAGCAGGUCAUAUAAUUAAGUGAACAAGAGUAUUGUAAGAACCUGGUUCUUUUUGAUCCCUUAGAACUAGUGACUUAUAUUUCUGCAGAUCUUUGUACCAAGUGUUAGUGAUCACACCUUUUUGUAGUUUUGUGAUCGACAAUCCUUAAUCUGUGUUUAAUUUUACUAAGCGGUUGUCAGAAAAAAGGAACACUUUUAAUUCAGUUUUUAUAAGAGGUGCAACCACACCAUCAUGAAUUACAUUUCAAAAGUUUAGCUUAUCAGAAAUAAUGCCUUAAAUUCUGAACAUUCCAUAGAAGGAAAAAUAAUGGUGGGUAGCAAGUCACCUUUUUAGCACAUAGAGUAGAACCCCAAUUAUCUGACGCUCAAUUAAAAGAUACUUGGGUUAUCCGACACCCCUUUAAUUCUGGAUUAGAGACUCAUGUUGUUAAAGUGAAUCUAAAUCAUAGUUUAAUGUUUAUACACUUAAUAAAUUGUCUUAAUAUUUAUACACUUAAUAAAUCCUCCGAUUCUUUAACGAUUUCCAUUAUCUGGGAAACCCCCUCUCCUGAGAGCAUCAAAUUAUUGGGGCUCUACUGUAAUUACAUUUAUCACAGUUAUUAUUUAUGUAUAUAUUUACUCUAAUAUAUAUUUUCUAAUAUAUAUAUAUCUAUAUAUAUAUAUCUAUAUACUCUAAUAUAUAUAUCUAUAUAUUUUUAUUUACUUUAAAAAUAGCAUGCGGGCCAUUAUUUUUGUUUUAGAAUCUAUUGAGAAACGAAGAAAAAGUAUUAAGAUCUAAGCUGUAAAGUAUUAUAUAAGGAGAUUAUAAACAAGAUCUCAAAUGCCAGAAUUAAGAGAGUAUCAAUUAUUGAUAACUUCAUCUAUUGAAUUAUCAAUCAGUAGUGUUGAGUAAUACUUGGUGAUGUAUCGGGAUAGCUCUUCUUGUCUGUAGAAAAGUGGCAUCCAUUUUCUUAGGUUAAUCUCUGUGAUAGCAUUAAUAAUUAAUUACUGUAUUAUUCACAUAAAUUUUAAGUGAAAUUGCUGACAAGAAAUAUUAAUUUUAAACACUGCUGAAAAAUGGAUAUUUUUCUUUUGUUGUUCUUUCGUUAUGUAAUUUAUGUUAAUAAUAAUAAUUAAAACAAUUAAUCGAAAAUAUAGGUAAUUUCCAGGAAAGGUAGCUGCUUUUCCAACUCUUUAAUUCAUUUAAAAUAAUACUUGUAAAAUAAAUUCGCAACAAAGAAUUUUCAUUGCAAAAGAAAUGUGUGAAUAUGUGGAUAGUUGAAAACAUUUAUUUUUGAUAGACUUGUGUAUAAUGAAUUGCAUUUUUAAAAUAAUAAAAAUUUAUCUUUUAAAAUUUUAUAUUCCACUUGCAUAUUAUUAAUUUGAGUAUUUGAAUUAAAUCUGUAGCAACUGUUAUUAAUAUGAAAUAUCAAAAUUUAAAAAAAAAAGUUUAUUUUUAUAGACAUUUUGAAGUUUGCAUUCUUAGACUUUCCCUCUCAAUAAAUGAUUAUCUUUCUUAGAUAUCUUUGUUGUAAAAAAUAAUCUCUGUAAAUAGAUUCGUUUGUAUUUUUCAGAAUAUUAAUAAAGAGAAACUUAUCUCGCA